CCUCUUCAGACAAACAGCGCUGGUCCACACUCACGCUUACUCACACACAUUACACCAACAGCUGUAUAAAACUACAAACUGACAACUUUGAAUGGAUUUCUUUUCCAACUCGAUGUGUUUUUACAAUUGACUUUCUCAACCGGCGAGGAAACAUACUUCUCAGUGGAUUGCUGCCUCUUUGUUUGUGGAGGAGUGAUUUUUUUUCGGUGGAAAAGAGGUGAAGAAACGAACAACGUUUCGGUAUCUAGAAAGCAAAAUCAACAUCGAGGAAUAGAGUAAACACAGGACCAGUUUUGUUUUUGUUGCAGAAGUAGUGAAGUUUGGGGUUUUUUUUUGCGUUGGAAUAGUCGUGUUAUUAAUGGUUGUAAUUGUACACAGACCGGCGACAGGCUCCUGGAAGACACAAGGAGUCGUAAAGGUCUUAAUGUGUGUCUGCCUUGCUGACUGAAUGUUUCGGAAAGUCAUUCUGGAGUAGUUCACUGCUGCUCCAAAGGGAGAUUGUCAGAUGUUUACCCAGCACCCAGAUCCUCUGUCUUGGCUGCGGGGAUGGCAGCGUCUGCCCUGAACCUCAACAGAGUCAUGAACAGCAAUCAGUUUCACACCCAGCCAGGUUCCUCAAGUACAAACUCACGCGGGAGAACUGGCUCCGUUGGACGCCCCGUGCUGCCAGUUCCGGACAGAAGCACCUACUGCCAGUUAUUGGGGGGUGCUAUUUACAGCCCCACCAGCCCAACCAGCCCACAUACUAGCCCCAGGGCAAGCGGACGCUCUUUCGUCUUCCCACCUUCAUCCACGCUUUCUGCGAACUUGCUCCCUCGUGCUCGCUCUCCUUCUCCACGAAGCCCGGAGCUCCUUGGAGUCAAUGUGGGCCAGAGGGUUCGACGUUUGAGCUCACCCAGCAGCGAGGAGCCAGGGGAGGGUGUUGGGAAGGACAAUCUGGGAGGAGAGACAGGAGGUGGGGAGAGACGAGAGGAGAGGAGACGCCAGGCGCAGCUGUUGCAGAUCCACAAGGAGCUGCAGAACGUUGAGGUCAGGGGGAAAGUGGGUAUUUUUGAAGCUCACAUUUCUGGGAUUCGUGCCCAGGUGUUGAACAGCGAGCUCCAGCGGAGCCCGCGGUCUCCAAGACGAUCAGCCAGUCAAGCCCCUUCAAGUCCUAGCCAGCAAGACACAGCCCCUGAAAACCCAAUGACCCAGCCACAAGAAAGUAAAGUCUCCUGCGUCGCACAAAAUGGGAGAGAACAAGAGAAUGAGAGUAUGAAUGAAUACAGAAGAAAAGAAGACGAAGGAAGUAUGAAAGUUGAAAAUAAACUCCAUUUAGAAACAGUAAUGUCGAAUCCUUGUUUGGAUACAACUCAUGUCCAAGUGGCAAUGGAUCCACCUGCCUCAGUAAAAGUGGAUGCACAUUUAAACAAAGGGGCGGAGAAAGAUGUUGAAUACCAGAGUCCAGUGGGAGAUGAAGUUAACUCAGAAUCUGCUUCUUCUCAAAUCUCUCAGCUCUCCCCUGGUUUGAUGGACCUCCACAGUCAGACCUUCAACCACUCACAUGCCACUCCCCCCUCCAUCCCUGCUGUCAUAAUAACUGACCAUGGUCUGGAAAAUCAUGCACAAACUCCUGAAAACCAAAGGCUCGACCCCACGCAAAGCACCACUGCUUGUCCCAUGCAAGGGCCUCACUUCUAUAACCGCUCGCUGAGGAAGCUUUCCUCUUCAUCAGCAUCCUCUGCAGGCUUCUCCUCAUCGUGGGAAGAAUCGGAGGAGGACAUCUCCAGUGAUACGGAGAAAGGAGAGCCUCUUCUUAACCCUGCACUUCUCACAUCUCAGCAGAGAGCACACAAAUCAUGGAAGAAGAUCAAGAACAUGGUCCACUGGUCUCCUUUUGUCAUGUCCUUCAAGAAGAAAUACCCCUGGAUCCAACUGGCUGGGCAUGCAGGAAGUUUCAAAGCCGGAGCCAAUGGCCGCAUCCUAAAAAAACACUGUGAAUGUGAGCAGCGGUGUCUGUCCCUGCUGAUGAGAGACGUGUUGCGUCCGUAUGUGCCUGGUUACCAUGGCGAUGUGGAGAAAGACGGUCAGAAGUACAACCAGAUGGAGGACCUGCUGGCUGAGUUCGACUUUCCCUGUGUGAUGGACUGUAAGAUGGGAGUGAGAACGUAUCUCGAGGAAGAGCUGACCAAAGCUCGUAAAAAGCCCACUCCCAGACCGGACAUGUACCAGAAGAUGAUCGAGGUCGACCCUGAUGCGCCGUCGCCGGAGGAAAACGAACAGAAAGCGGUGACCAAGCCCAGAUACAUGCAGUGGAGGGAGACCAUCAGCUCCACUGCCACCCUGGGCUUCAGGAUCGAGGGAGUCAAGAAGGAAGAUGGGACGGUCAACAGGGAUUUUAAGAAGACUAAGACAAGGGAGCAAGUCACCGCUGCCUUCCAAGAGUUUGUGAAAGGGAACAGAGAAGUAUUGAAUAUUUAUCUGGACCGACUGAAAGAGAUCAGAGACACGUUGGAGAUAUCAUCUUUCUUCAAAACUCACGAGGUGAUUGGCAGCUCCUUGUUAUUUGUCCACGACAGUAAAGGAAGAGCCAAGGUUUGGAUGAUUGAUUUCGGAAAGACCACUCCCCUACCAGAGGGAGACGAACUGAACCACAGGGCGGUGUGGUUAGAAGGGAACAGAGAAGACGGCUACCUUUAUGGACUCGACAGCUUGGUGGACAUCAUUUCGACGAUGCUGAAGUCUGAGACAUGAAGUCUGAAAGCUAUUAAGAAAACACACACAAAAACACUGCUCAUGUUUGUUUUUUUUUUUUUUUCCUGUCUCUGUUCUGGACUUAACAUAAACGCCAUGUCAGUAACCACAACUACAGAAAAACGCCUCUGUUCACAGUCACUGCUUCUUCUUUCCUUCUCACUGUAGUCUUUUCUGUGUUUCUCUUGGGAACGUAUUUCACUCGCAAUAACAGGGUGAGUGUUUAUUGUAAAAUAAACACUGGGUUGGUUUUGGUCCCAUUCAGUCAGGCAUUAUAACCACUUAUUGUCAGCUACAAGUCAUUUCAAAUGUUAUGCUUUCUUGAAUUAUAAUGAUAAUCAGAUGACCAGACACAUUGCUACGAGAGAAAAUGCAUGCUCUUUUGCGUGUCUUUACCACAGUAUAACUAUAGGACGAAAUUGUUCAGGACGUGAAUGUGAUUUUGAGAAUAAAACGUUGACCAUGGUGUCCUCUAGUGGCAGCAAAAGAAAAUGACCUGGUCAUCUCAAUAAUUUACACUUAACCUGGAUUAAGCUGAAAUACAAAAUCUUGUAUAUUACUCAAUAUAUAGUUCCAGAUUAUUCAGUUUGACAGUACUUAUGACAUCAAACAACAAACUCUUAUUUCAUUGUGCAUUCAUGUCUCAUUGUGUGGUUGAUUUGUAGCCAGAAUUGUGUUCUUCUCAAACGCUGUACAUAUUUAAAGACCUUUUUCCUGGUUAUUUUUCAAAUAUUGGGGGACACUUAGAGCAUCACAAAUACCUUUUUUAAACUUUCCUGUGCCUUAAAGCUUUCCUCUGUCUUAAAUGAGUGCUUGUAUAUUUGCCAUUUAUUGUUAUUGUUUAUCAAUGUGUAGUUUUAUUUAUAAUAUUAUAUUAGUUUAUUUGGUCAUUGGGGCACUGUGAUAUUGUUCUGAAAUGCUGUGUUGUGUUCAAGCUGGGUGUCAAGCUGCUACCAUGCUAAUCAUUCAGAAUAUGGGUUGUGGUUUACUGUUGCACAGCAAUGCUUCUCUUGAAUUUCUGUUCAUUACUCCCAACACUGAUUUGUCUUUGCUGAUGCUGUUGUUCCUGCCAUGUGCAGCGAGAUCACCUAUUAAAUUUGAAAACCAGUCUGACAUGUGCAGAAAAGUUACUGACAUUUUUAUGUACAAAAAUGUGGUGCAUUAUUGUAUUUAAAUCGACUUAAUAUUAACUGUCAUAUACAUACAUGAGGUGGAGGUGAUCAACUAUAAAGUGCCUUUGAAUUUUCCCAUGAAUUUUGUGUUUUAGAACACAACACGUGGAUUUUGGUUGAUAUGUAGUUUUUUUUUUUUUUCCUCAACUGAAGCCGUGUAGAGUGACCUUCUCUUCACUCAAUCUGAGUUUCAAAUUUUGCACCGAGGAGACAAAAACAAUGUUCAAAAAUCCCUGCAGCGAUUGUAACACUUGCUUCCCAAUGUGCACUUACCUUUGGGUUUAUCGUCACAUCUUGUUAUGCCUUCUUGCAUAUUUAAAUGGACUGUUACUUUUAAAAUGUAUUUGGUGAAAGAUAUUGUGCCUUUGUCUGAGUUAUUUACCAUACAAGGAAGGGGAAAAAAACUUAACCUACAGAAAAUGUUAAAGUCAGAAGUUUUUUUUGUCCCCACCUGUGUUGACUUUCGGUUAUAUAUGUGAUGAAAAUACUUCGCUAGAAGUUCUGUUAAGUGGGUGCUAGCUGUUCUCUAGCUUUCUUAUUUCACUACUAUACUACUAUCACUACUGUUACCGCUUUAAAAAUAUCUUGAGAAUUUGCAUUUACAUGUUUUUAUUGUAUACGUUGAUGAAUUAAAUUAUAUCACAUUAUAAUUAUAAUAGAAUUCAUAUGAUAAAUGAUAUAAUUCGUUAAGGUAUUUAUAGACAAGAAACGUUUCGUUUCUCAAGUUUAUUAAAAUGGAUGUUUUUCGGGGAAAAAAAACUACCG